AUGCAGAGGCUCGUGGAGAACGAGCAGAGAAUGGCCGACCUACACAAGAAGAUACUCAGAGUGGAAGAGGCGGACGCGAAGCGGAGGGCGGAGCACGACCAGAGGGUGGCGCAGCAGCGGGCGGCGGCGGCGGAAAAGAGGGCCAAGAAGGAGAUGGAGAAGCACGAGAGGGAGAAAGUGGAAGACGAACAAAGGAAGGAGAUGAUCAAACGUGCGGCAGAGGCCGAAGCCCGACAACUGAAGAUCGAAAAGGAGCUGGAGGUGCAACGGCUCGCCGAGGCCGCCAAGCGUGAGGAGGAACGGCGCGCCUUGAAGGAGCAGCAAGACCAGGCGACGGCCGCGCUGAUCCGGGCCCAGGAGGAGAAGGCCGAGGCGAAGAAUAGAAUCAUGGCCGAGCGGGAGGCACGGGUGCAAGCCCAGCUAAACGAGAAAAAGGCGGCAAAGGCGGCCGAGGUGGCGGCUCAGAGGGCGUCUGCCGAGCAACGCAUUCAGGAAGUCAUGGAGAAGAACAGGAAAAUUCAGCAGGACAAGAAGAUCGCGUACGACCUUAAGGUUGCCGAGGUGGCUCGCCGCAAGGCGGAGAGGAUGGAGGGGGAAGAAGCCCAGGCGAAAAAGAGGGCUGAAGAGCAGGCGAAACAGGACAGCAUCCGCGCCAAGGUGUGGGAGUUUGUGGACGACGAGGGAAGGGUAGGAACGCUCGACGAACGGGCGGAGCAGCACCGAAGGCAUACAUUGAUCGCUAAGGCCUUGUUGUGA